AUGGCAAAAAACGUUCCUUCAAAGGUAACCGAUUUUUGUUAGCAUCGAAAAGUGGGAAUAAUUCAGCACUGCGAAGAUAAAACAGAAGAAAAAACAGAGAAAAUGGCAGAUGACGGAGCAUCGCAGAGAUCUGUGAUUCUCAGUCUCCGGGAGGACGAGCCCGUUCCGAAGAGCAAGCACAAACUGGUGGAAAGGUAACAAGGGGGAGAUGCGAGAGAAACUAAUGAGAAAGAACAGAAUCACGAACGAAAUGAUCGAGGUGAACCUUCUGAAGUACCCGUUUUUCCACGGAUUCGUGCUCCAAGAGCUACAACUCAUUCUGCUCAAGAACCGAGGAGACUACAUCCUACGACUGUCCCAUCAGCUGGACAAAAAGGCCAAAACGGACGACCCGUCGGCGCCAAAAUCCGCGAAAGCGACACGUGUCAUUCUUGUGCUCUCCGUUAAUAUCAGUACGUUCGAGAGUGUUCCGAUCUUUUCAGAUUUGUCUGAAUUCAGCUCCGAAGAUCGACCCGUCCAGAAGUUUCUACGGUGAUUUGAGUCCGGUGAAACAGAAGCAAAACGUGGAAAUGCAUGUUUGUGUGGAGGAGACGGACGGCAAAUGGACCUCGUUCUUCGUGGAACGACGGCACAGAUUCGCGAGCAUCGACGAGCUGAUCACUUAUUACAAGGCAAAUCCGAUCAGCUGCCGAAAUGUAGGACAGUUUCUGAUGAGAGGAGGAAACGGAAAAAAUGAAUUGCAGACUAACGUGGUUCUGAUUCGUGCGGUUCCGUUGCAAGAAUGGGAGCUGAGACGGCAGACGAUCGACGUGAGCACUCGGAAGUUGGGAGAAGGAGCGUACGGAGAAGUGUUCCUAGGAAAAUGGAAGGAACCGUUCUGUUUGGAGCGGAAAGAGUUCUACACUUGGAGUGACGUGGCAGUCAAAACGGUGAGAACGGAGGAGAAAUGGAGCGAAAGAGGGAGAAUUCAGAUGAAGAACGACGACUCGCGGACGGCUCUGCGGGAGAUAAUGCACGAGGCACGCCUUCAACUCCAACUGAAGCACAAGAACGUCCUUUCGUUCCGCGGAGUUUUCCUUCUCAAAAAGCCCAUUCUCCUGGUCUCCGAAUUCUGUGAACGUACGUUGUCUUUCCGCAGAAAAGAUAAUAAACACGCGAUUUCAGACGGAUCUCUGAAAAGUUAUUUGCAAAAACAGAAGGCGAGUGUGGACGAGAAGCUGCGUUUCUGUCUCGGAUCUUCGUGCGGCCUCGAGUAUAUUCACUUCAAGGGACUCAUUCAUCGAGACUUGGCGACCAGAAACAUACUCGUUUCUCACGACAAAACGGUGAUCUCUGAUCCUUUCCUCGAGUACAUUCCAUUUUUAGCCAAAAAUCGCCGACUUCGGUUUGGCGAAGCAUGCAAGUGCGUACAAAAUGCGAAAAAUGACAAAGAUGCCAGUUCGGUACCUGGCUCCGGAGACCCUCAAUAACUUUGUGUAUUCGACGAAAACGGACGUGUACACAUUCGGACUGGUCAUCUGGGAAAUCUUCGAAAACGGCGAAGAGCCGUACACGACAGCGCAGCCGCACCAGGAGAAGGCGGUUCCGAAGAACACUCGGCUGAAGAGCGGCCAUAUAAAAGAUCUGGUGAACAAUCGGCAACAUUCUCAGUCGAUGAACCCUCUCCUCUUGCAGAUCAAAAAAGAGUUAUUCGUCCGAUUCAACCCGGAAACGCCGGCGACUCUUCAGCAAUUCGUCGCUACAAAGAUGUUCGUGACGGAUGACAAGAAGAGGCCGCCCAUCGCAGAAGUGACCACUUUCCUCGCCACGCAGGUCACGAUGGACGUUUCGAAAGUGAGAAGUGCCUUCUAG